UAUUCCUUUCCUAUGAGAUAUCCUUCUUUUUCUUUGGGAUAUAUAGAAUAAAACGAAUUUACAUAGAUAGAAAAUUCUUACGCGUUUCGAGGACAAAGGAUGCCCAAACAUUUCGAGAAGCACGACCCAAACGAAUCGUUUUCGGGAUUUGAGAGUCCACCGCAGUAGCCUUCUCUGCAACUUCGUUAGUCCCCCUUGUCUUAUAAUUCGCCAAUAUUCUCGUUACGUUUGCCCCAAGCUUUUUUGAAAUGUAGUGAAGUUAUAUUCUUUGAAACUGUUUCAACGAUUAGUCAAACUGCGUUUCCUAUCUUGUUCUCUUCAAUUUCUCCAACGAAAAACCAAAUAUGCGAGUAUUGGGUGGUUUUUUCUGGGCAUAAAAGGAUUUGCGAUUGAAAAUCCGGAUUUUGUGCGACUUGAAUUGGUGGAUGAAGAUUAAAGGAUUGAAUCUUUGCUGGGAUUUUGGAGUUCUGCGGAGUAGCUGACACAUUGCUUACUGGGUUUUUUUGGAUCAAAGUUUUUGGGGUGAUUAAUACAUUGCUUACUGGGUUUUUCAUUUGGGGUUAUUGGGUUGGUGAAUUAGGAUGGAUGAAGUUCAAGGCGUUUCUGGAUCUCUACCUCCUUUUCUUUCCAAGACAUAUGAAAUGGUGGAUGAUUGUUCGACUGAUUCAAUUGUGUCUUGGAGUGCGAGUAAUAGAAGCUUCAUUGUCUGGAACCCUCCGGAGUUCUCCAGAGAUUUGUUGCCAAAGUAUUUUAAGCACAACAACUUCUCUAGCUUCAUUAGGCAGCUCAACACAUAUGGUUUUCGAAAGAUUGAUCCGGAGCAAUGGGAAUUCGCGAAUGAUGAUUUUGUUAGAGGUCAGCCACAGCUUAUGAAGAACAUCCACAGACGAAAGCCGGUGCAUAGUCAUUCUGUGCCGAACCUCCAGGUCCAAGGACAAGGACAAGGGAGUUCAUCGUUGUCUGAAGCUGAAAGGAAGAGUAUGAAGGAUGAGAUUGAGAGGCUGAACCAUGAAAAAGAACGCCUUGCUGUGGAGUUACAGAGGCACGAGCAGGAAAGGCAGGGAAUGGAGUUGCAAAUGCAGUUCUUGAAGGACCGCUUGCAACAUAUGCAACGGCAGCAGCAAACCAUGGCGUCUGUUGUGGCUCGAGUUUUGCAGAGACCAGACAUUGCCUUGAAUCCUUUACCGCAGUUUGAACUCUGUGGCCGGAAGAGGAGGUUUUCAAGUGUCGAUUUGGCCUAUGAUCAGGUCAGCAUUGGAAGUGGUCAGAUGGGGAGUUGGGAAAAUGUAACUGGAGGAAAUAUGGAGAUGGGAAAGGUACUGCAAUUGGAGUCAUUCCUGACAUUUUGGGAAGAUACCAUUCACGAUGUUGCUGAGACUCAACUUCAGGCUAAUACAAACAUGGAGUUAACUGAAUCUACAAGUUGUGCCGAAAGCCCAGCUGUAUCCUGCAUGCAACGUAUUGUUGACCAUCAAUCUAAAUCCCCCACAGCAAUUGAUAUGAAUACGGAGCCAGCUGCAGCUGUUUCUCCUGUGCCUGCUCGAAGUGUUUCUCCUGCACCUGCUGGGAGUGUUUCUCUUGAGCGUGCUAGAAGUGUUUCUGCCGAGCCUACUAGAAGUGUUUCUCUUGAGUGUGCUAGAAGUGUUUCUCCUGAGCCUACUAGAAGUGUUUCUCUUGAGCCUGAUGCCUCAAAACAACAACCCUCAAAAGAACAAACAGCUAAAAUUACUGGUGCCGGGGUCAAUGACUUGUUUUGGGAACAGUUCUUGACAGAGAAUCCCGGUUCAACAGACUCUCAGGAAGUACAGUUAGAAAGAAACGAUUCCGAUGGUAGGGGGAACGAAAUUAAUCCAAGUGAUCAUGGCAAGUUGUGGUGGAAUAUGAGGAAUGUAAAUAACCUUACAGAACAGAUGGGGCAUCUCAGUCCAGUAGAGAAAACAUGAUGCUAUUUGUUUUUUCUGGGAUUGUGCUGCCCAGUAGCUUACAUAUUAUAUUUUAGGUAUGAAUGUUUAUUUUCUCUUUAGGGCACAUAUAUAUACAUCUUCUGUGUUUGAGUUCA